AUGGCUGCCGGCGUCGACUUCCCGAAGGAAGCAGAGCAGGCGGAAAAGGAGUCGACCUCGCAACCAACGAGCGAAGACCGGGGCAAUAUUAAUGAUACUAAUAACAAGGGCGCUGAAGAAAAUGGCUGGAGUGCAUACCGGCGCAUCUUCCGAUACGCGGGGCCCUUUGAGUACACCCUCCAGGGCAUCGCCAUCCUGGCGGCCAUUGCAUCCGGCGCCGGCAUCGCGUUGCAGAAUUUGAUUUUCGGCGAGUUUGUCACCGUCAUUACGGACUAUGCUUCCGGCGACUCAUCUAGACAAGUCUUCCUCGACGACGUUGCAGAGCUUGCCCUCAACUUUGUCUACCUUGGAAUCGGUCGAUUUGUUCUCUCGUAUACGUACAACGCGCUCUUGACCUACGUUAGUCACCGCAUCGUGCGCAACAUCCGCCAUGCCUAUCUCAGGGCCGCCCUCAGUCAGGAAGUCGCAUAUUUCGACCUGGGCACCAGCGGUUCUAUUGCAACGCAGGCCACGUCCAACGGCCGCCUGAUCCAAGGCGGUAUUGCCGAAAAGUUGGGCCUCACCUUCCAAGGUCUUGCUGCCUUUGUCACGGCCUUCAUCCUCGCCUUUGUCACCCAGUGGAAACUCACGCUCAUCACGCUCUGCAUUGCUCCGGCCACCAUCAUCUCCAUGGGCAUCGUGGCUGCCAUCGAGGCCGGGUACGAGACCAAGAUUCUCGACAUUCACGCCCAGGCCAACUCAUUCGCCGAAGGUGUCCUCGCCAGUGUCCGAACCGUCCAUGCCUUCGAGAUGCGUGCGAGGCUGGUGGCCAAGUUUGACGAGUUCCUCUCCGAGGCACACCGAUGGGGGAACAAGAACUCGCCUCUCUUCGGCGCCCUGUUCUCUGUUGAAUACACCAUCAUCUACCUGGGAUUCGGUCUUGCUUUUUGGCAAGGUGUCCAGAUGUUGGCAAGGGGCGAGGUUGAUUCACCCGGCCAAAUCUUCACUGUCCUCUUAUCUGUCACCAUCGGCUCGAUCAAUAUCACCAUGCUUGCGCCAUACUCUAUCGAGUUCACCCGUGCGGCAACCUCUGCCGCUUCGCUGUUCAAGCUCAUCGACAGGCAGUCCGCAAUCAACCCGUUCGACGACUCGGGCGAGAAGCCGUCCGAGGUCACCGGGCUGGUGGAACUCGAAAACGUUACAUUUGCAUAUCCCACUCGCCCCGGCGUCACAGUCUUGGAUAACUUCUCGCUCAGAGUGCCCGCCGGCAAGGUCACGGCCCUGGUGGGACAAAGCGGCUCCGGCAAGAGCACCAUUGUCGGUUUGAUUGAGAGGUGGUACAACCCCUCGUCAGGGGUCAUCAAGCUGGACGGACGCCCCAUUGACAGCCUCAAUCUCAGCUGGCUGCGAAAGAACGUCCGGCUUGUUCAGCAGCGGGCGUUGGAUAAGGCGGCCGAGGGACGCACGACGAUAGUCAUUGCCCACAAGCUUGCGACGAUUCGCAAGGCGGACAACAUCGUCGUCAUGUCCAAGGGCCGCAUCGUCGAGCAGGGCACGCACGAAGGACUCGUUGCUCAGGACGGUACUUAUGCUCGGCUGGUCAGGAUCCAGGACCUGGCGGUCAAGGCUGCCGGUUCAUCGUCAGAUGCCGAAGGAGAGGACACUGCCGCGGACGAAGAAGGGCAUCCUGCCGAGCUCACCAAGACCAUGACUCGGUAUGCCACGGAAGACCAGGCCCGGAUGGAGUCUCAGAAAGGACGGUAUGACUUCGAGAACCACAAGAAGCUGGGCUUACUUGGGGUCAUAAUCCGCCUGGCCAAGUUCAGUCCCGAGCUCAUCUGGUGGUACCUCUGCGUCCUGGUGGCAUGCGUUGCAGCCGCCGGCGUCUUUCCCGGUCAAGCCAUUCUACUCUCUAGGAUGAUGAAUGUGUUCACGCUUACUGGCGACGCUUUGAAGGAGCGCGGCAACUUCUUCGCUUCAAUGUUCAUCGUCCUGGCCGCGGGCUGCCUCGUCGUCUACUUUAUAUUGGGUUAUGCGACACUAUCCCAUAAACUUCGCAGGCAGAUCUUGCAUGACAUUCUACGCCAGGAUCUUGAGUUCUUCGACCGGCCAGACAACAGCACCGGAGCCCUUGCGAGCCGCGUCGACUCGCACCCGCAAGCCGUGUUUGAGCUGAUGGGUUUCCAAGUCGGGCUCAUCCUUAUCGCCGUGCUCAACGUUGUAGGUUGCGCCGUCCUGAGCCUCGCCCACACCUGGAAGCUGGGCCUGGUGAUUGUUUUCGGAGGUUUGCCUCCCCUCCUAGGCGCGGGCUGGCUCAAGAUCCGCCUAGACAUGAGGCUCGAUCACAACGUCUCCAAGAAGACCUCGACUAGCGCAGCUAUCGCGUCCGAGGCGAUUACGGCCAUCCGGACCGUUUCGUCGCUGGCCAUCGAGGACCGUGUUCUUUCCCGCUACACAGCUGAGCUGGACCACGCAGUGGCGCAGACCGUUCAGCCCAUCGCGGCUGUGAUGGUUUGUUUCGGGCUGACACAGGCCAUCGAAUAUUGGUUCCUGGCCCUAGGUUUCUGGUAUGGCUGCCGCCUCAUGGCAUCUGAUGAAACGACCCUGUACAACUUCUUUGUUGCCUUCAUGGGCGUGUUUUUCGCCGGUCAGGCCACCGCCCAGAUGUUUCAGUUUUCAACCAGCAUUACCAAUGCGAAGAACGCGGCCAAUUACAUGUUCUGGAUCUCUGGGCUGCAACCAACGGUGCGGGAGACCGACGAAAACCGCGAUAACAGUCCAAAGUCCGGCGGCCCAAUCUCGUUGGACAGUGUCCGAUUCUCGUAUCCCUUACGGCCGGACGCCAUGGUUCUACGGGGAUUGAAUCUGGAGAUCACCAAGGGCCAGUUCGUGGCAGUGGUCGGUGCUUCGGGGUGCGGCAAGUCGACCGUUAUCGCCAUGCUCGAGCGCUUCUACGAUCCGUCUACCGGCAACAUCCGCAUCGAUGGCGAUGUCCUGAGCGAGCUUAACCCACGGCACUACCGCCGGAUUGUGUCUCUCGUCCAGCAGGAGCCAACGCUGUUCCAAGGAAGCAUCCGAGAGAACAUUGCGCUCGGUAUUGACGACCCGACAGCUCCCGUCGACACGGCCGCAUCGUCCGCCACCGCUCAAGGUCCCACGGUCUCCGACUCGCAGAUCGAAGCGGCCCUGCGUGCCGCUAACGCUUGGGAGUUCGUGUGUUCGCUUCCCGAUGGCCUAUCCACCGCGGCAGGGCCCAAUGGCACGCAGCUUUCGGGGGGCCAGCGCCAGCGUAUUGCCAUUGCUCGCUCGCUGAUCCGGAACCCCAAGAUAUUGUUGCUUGACGAGGCGACCAGCGCCCUGGAUACGGAGAGCGAGAAGAUUGUGCAGAGUGCCCUGGCCGAGGCGGCCAAGGAUGGGGACCGCAUCACCGUCGCCGUGGCGCAUCGGCUGUCGACGAUCAAAGAGGCCGACAUGAUCUGCGUGUUCCACGACGGCAAGAUCGUGGAGAAGGGGACACACGAGGAAUUAAUCGCUCUCGGAGGGAUGUAUCGCAAGAUGUGCGAGGCGCAGAACAUCGAGUAAGGGGGAAGGGGGGCCGCGUGGAAUAAUAGUGCACCAGGGUCAUGUCCCGGUCAGCGAGGUGCUCCGACUGACUAACUACCUCACUUAAGGACAACUACUUCCAUACGGCAGAUAGUCUCACACGAGGGAGCUGCCAUUAUCCUUCAGACUCCACUCAACGCCCGCUAUUCAAGGGUGGAAGUGUAUUAUCAACGCAAAACACAAUGUUCCCAGCACCGACGGCCUUCUUAGAUUCCCUCUUUAUUGUUCUGGAUCUUGAUCUUUUCGAAUAGAAUUAAUUUUGGUAACAGGACAGAUACCAAUUAGUGGUUGUACUCUAUUCAACUUUGACUGUCAUUAAUACACAAUAAUUAGAAGCCUUCCGGGGUAAUUCAUACAACUAUCUCUUAGAUACCU